CAGAGGUUGCCAAGCCCUGGCUGCCACUGGUCAGGUUCCUUGUGUUAGACAUGCAUAAGCUGUAUUCCAUCACUGGGUGUCCGGACCCACCAGGGACCAUGGAGGAGGAGGAGGAGGAUGAUGACUAUGAGAACUCAGCGCCUGCCUACAAGGACCUUCCUCCCAAGCCAGGGACCAUGAAGGAGGAGGAGGAUGAUGAUGACUAUGAGAACUCAACACCUCCCUACAAGGACCUUCCUCCCAAGCCAGGUUCAAGUGCUCCACCAAGACCUCCAAGAGCAAAAAAGGAAACAGAAACCCCCACUUCCUUGCAAGCCCAGGACAUGACCAGCCGAGCUCUCACCCUGAGCUUCUCUUCUCCAGGUUCAAGUGCUCCACCAAGACCUCCAAGAGCAAAAAAGGAAACAGAGAAACCCCCACUUCCUUGCAAGCCCCGGAACAUGACAGGACUGGACCUCGUCUCUGUCACCUGUCCACCUCCUCAACUGGCUGUGCAUCUUGAGCCUUCUCCAUUGCAGCCAUCCCUGGCUGCAACUCCAGCGCCCUGGCUCAAUCAGAUGUCUGAAGGUCCUGGCUGCUGCCAGAAGAGGUGGAUGAUGUACCUGUGUCUGCUGGUGGUGACUUCCUUGUUCCUGGGCUGCCUGGGUCUCACUGUGACCGUGAUUAAAUACCAGAAGUUGAUGGAAGAACUGAGAAUGUUAAGCUUUCAGCAGAUGACGUGGCGAGCAAAUAUGACUGGCAUGUCAGGGCUAGCUGGCCUGAAGCAUGACAUUGACCGUGUAAGAGCUGACACCAACCAGUCCUUGGUGGAACUUCGGGGCUUAUUAGGCUGCCGCCGAGUUACCUGUCCUGAAGGCUGGCUGCCCUUUGAGGGCAAGUGUUAUUACUUCUCCCCAAUCACCAAGUCAUGGGAUGAAGCCCGGAUGUUCUGCCAGGAGAAUUACUCUCACUUGGUCAUCAUCAAUAGCUUUGCUGAGCACAAUUUUGUGGCCAAGGCUCACGGCUCUCCACGGGUGUACUGGCUGGGGCUGAAUGACAGGGGGCAAGAAGGGGACUGGAGGUGGCUGGAUGGGUCUCCUGUGACGUUAAGCUUCUGGGAGCCAGAGGAACCCAAUAACAUCUACAAUGAGGACUGUGCUGCCAUGAACAAAGAUGGCACCUGGAAUGAUCUGUCUUGCUACAAAACUACGUAUUGGAUUUGCGAGCGGAAAUGUUCCUGUUGAAGCCCAGAUGGAGGCUGGGGGGUCCAUAUUCGAGCGUCCCUCACUCUUUGAGAUGAGAAUCUCCUGCCCUUUCAUGGACGGCCUUGCCUCUUCAUGAGUGGACACAGAUGUGCCCCACGCAGGAUUGGCACCCUGGAUGCAGCAAAUUCCCAGGGAUGCAAGUCAGGCUGCCUCUAGAGUGAAGACUUGGGCUUGUGCUAGUAGAUGGUGAGCUGGGAGGACGCUCAGAGCUUGGUGGUGGGAGGUCUCCCAGUUCUGGGGUUGAACGGAUCUUCACCAAAUUCCUGAUCAUGACCCUUGGGAAGUGAUACUAGCCCUGAAGACCCUGGGGCUGGUAUUGAACCUGGGAUGAAAUAUCCUGGCGCCUCUGAACCACAAAGAGCUGGGACUGGGCUCCUUUUUCUGCAGCCUCAAACUUCUGGGCUCAGGCCAUCCUCCCAUCUCAGCCUCCUGAGUAGCUGGGACUACACAUGCGCACCAC